UCAUACGUCAAUUGACAUUGGCUUAUUAUUACUUGCCUGCCGGAUUCCCUACUUUACUCCCUGAGUUUCUUUCGUCUUUCGUCUUUUGUUGUCCAUCGCUACUUGACUCAUACAACAAAACCGGGACGGGACGAGCACUUCAGAAGAAAAUUUCUUCACUACUGCAACCUCAAACAUCAUCUCUUGGAAGACUCAUUCCAUUCGCAUACAACAAGAGAAAAACAACAACAAUGGCCCCCGCAGCCCUCACCCCGGAAACAUCCGGUGCCAACACGCCCACCUCAACAUCAGCCUCCGCCCUCACCCAAGCAGGAAUCAAGCACGCCUUCAAAAACUCCCCAAGCGCCGGCCCCGAUACAUCGAAAAUGACCUACACCUACACCCGCACCCCCCGCCCCGUUCCCGACCCGGACUCCGCCGAAACAAAAGCCCAAAAGACUUGCACCGACCACAUGGUCACGGCACGCUGGACUCUCGAAACCGGCUGGGACGCACCGGAACUCAAACCCUACGGUCCCCUCGCCAUCAUGCCCUCCGCCUCCGUCCUGCACUACGCAACCGAAUGCUUCGAAGGCUUGAAACUUUACCGCGGCUACGAUGGGAAACUCCGGUUAUUCCGCGUCGCACGCAAUUGUGAGAGGAUGUUGAAAAGUGCGAGGAGAAUCGCGUUGCCGGAUUUCGAGCCGCGGGAGUUGGAGAAGAUGAUUGUCACGCUUUGUGCGACGGAUGGGGAGAAAUGGUUGCCGAAGGAGAGGGCGGGGCAUUUUUUGUAUAUUCGGCCGACGUUUAUUGCUACGGAUGCUGCGUUGGGGGUGCAGAGACCGAGGGAGGCGCUUUUGUAUGUGAUUGUGGCUUGUUUUCCCGAUAUGAGUAAGUCGAUGCCGCCGGCGUUGAAUGGUGCCGCGAAGCAUGCGAAGGAGGGGUUGAAGUUGUUGGCGAGUAAUGAGGAUACGAUUCGUGCGUGGCCCGGAGGGUUUGGGUAUGCGAAGCUUGGAGCGAAUUAUGGGCCUAGUCUGGUUGCGCAGGGGGAGGCGAGGAGUAGAGGGUUUGAUCAGGUGCUGUGGCUUUUUGGGAAGGAGUGUUGGGUGACUGAGGCUGGUGCGUCGAAUUUCUUCGUUGUGAUGAGGGAGAAGGAGACGGGAAAGCUUCAGUUGAUCACGGCACCUUUGGAGGAGAGGAUCAUCUUGGAGGGUGUGACUCGUGCUUCUGUGCUGGAAUUGGCGAAGGAGCGCUUUGCGAAGAAGACCAAUGAGACCGAGGAGGUUGAAGUUGUGGAGCAGCGCUUCACGAUGCAUGAUAUCGUUGCUGCUAAGCAGGAAGGUCGUUUGGUGGAGGCUUUUGCUGCUGGGACUGCUUUCUUCAUUGCCCCGGUCGGCCUCAUUCACUUCCGCGGCAUCGACCACGAUAUCCCAAUGGCUGAUGGCCAGAGCGGAAUCUAUGCGAGGUUGAUCAAGACUUGGCUCGUGGAUAUCAUGUACGGUAAUGAGCAGCACCCGUGGGGCAUCGAGGUGAAGUAAUCGAUUUCUGCCGAGCGUUUUCAUAGUCGGGCGCCUGGAGUGUGAAGGGAUUGGGUAAUGGUCUUGAGUGUUCAUAAAAGCAGAUUGUAAUGCCACGCUUGUGCGGACAUGGGGUUGAUGUCUCCU